CGCUGUAUUUAAGCGGCUGCAACCCUGUCGGGUGUCGGCGUCGGCAGUCGGCACGUGUGUUUGGCUCCGGGGAGGCAGGCAGGCGGGAAGGCACUGGCUCGGCAGGGGAGGUCGUAGGUAAAUUCGUCGCAUUUCCACGCCGUUCUCAGCUCCCGCAGAGGACGAGGACAGCUGACGAUGGAGUACGACAUGAUCUUGCCAGCCAUAACAGGCGCCUCGGGAGUGUUCGCAGGCUGUGCCGUCCUCUACAGCAGGCUAAGACCACAUUUUCCUGUUGAAGUAAACUGCUGGUUUUGUAACAAGAACACCAAAGUAGCCUUCCGGCUGUGUGAGAGCUGGUACUGCCCAUCUUGUCAACAGUAUAAUGGCUUCACAGAGGAUGGUGAUUACAACCGUGACCUACCAGCCCAGUAUUGUGAGAGCUUGAAUGUAACUUCGCGGGAUUACAAAGGACUGCAGGGUGGAAGUAGGCCCACACUGUCCCUUGGAAAUGGGUUUUGUCAGACAUGUAAUCUCAACCAAACCCUUAAAGUGCGGGCUCUGGCGGAUUAUACGCCCAUCCACCCUGACAACUAUGACAAGGAAAUAGAGGAUUACAGAAAGAGGUUAGAAAAGACAUAUGCACUGUGCAGAGCAUGUGAAGCAACACUUCAUCAGACACUUGGCAAACAAGAUUCUUGGUUGAAACCAAAACUUAUUUCCUGGAGAUUGAAGAUGACAGCAGAGAACAAGGCCAAGUUGGUGUUGAAUUGUCCCGAGAGUUCAUUUGGCACGCCUUUUUUUCUCCAUCCACUGCGCUUUGUGGGGCUGCUGAUCUCUCUAGUGGUGUUCUUAAGCAGUCUCCAUCACCUGCAACAAGACUCUGGCAAACAGGUGGUAAAAUUGGACUUUGGCCUGGGCCUGGAGCAACACCUUGAUGCCCUCUACAUGUUCACAUCCCCCCUUGUCAUUGCGGGCCUUGUUCUUCUGCUCCUCAGCAUCUUUGGCUCAGGAAAGGAAAUUUUAUUGGUGUCUGAUGCAAUCACAAGUUUCAUCUGGAUUGGCCUUUUGGCACUGUGUUCAUCAAAGCAUCUGAUGUCAAAUAAGGAUUAUAAUUCACUUCAGGUGCUUGUGUCUGGAAUAGCUGUCCUCCUCACUGCCUGGACUCUAUUUGUGCCAAGAAGCUUCAGAGGAACCAAAGUGAUGCCAAGACAGUGUCUCAAUAAAAGUGGAGCGAGUGAUACUUCAGCCAGGAAAUUGGAUGAUUCACAAAGCACCCUCAAUGGCAGCUUCACUGAUGAGCUUCCAGGCUGUUCUCCUCCUCAGACAUCUGAUACAAACAAUAAGGUGUCCUUCACUCCUGACCACCCAGGUGAAAAUCUUGUGGCAGCUAACACUUCGGAUGCUGCUAUGGGACUGGAUGCCACUUUGGGCAGCCUUAAGAUCAGCACUCCACUGAAGGCAGACACCAGAAGCCAUAACAGCAUCCCUAUUUCUCCUAGGCUUUUGUUCUCAGAAAAAAUAGGAUAUAGUCCAAAGCUCAAUGGUUCAUACUGCAUGCAUAAGAACCCAGUGAGUCCUCCACGUUUGUCUGCCAAGAACAUCACCCAGUCCUCCUGGGUAGCUGGGGGUUAUUGGGGCCAUCCUGUCAGCCCGACACGAGAGGUCUCUUCCCAUCAUGCAGUGCCACUGUUCAGUCAGAUCUCCUCCCUUAAUCCCUCUUACCCAUUGUCCCGAUCCUCCAGCCAAAGUUCAGGAUUCAUUUCCCAGAGUAGUGGACCAACUGCCUACAGAAUUCAAGGGCCAUGUAGCCUUCCCAACUCUCGUCAUGGUUCUCUCUGUGGGGACUUUGACCAUGGCUCUGUGCUGUCUGAACCUGCCUACAAACCUUGGGGAAUGGUUCCUUCACUCUAUCCAUCUGACUCUGCCUCCCAGUGUGGUCAGUCCAAGCACCCUGGGCAGUCAAAGAGUGAUGCCCAGUCACUUCACAGUUGCAGCUCUGCCUACUCUGACUGUUCUCUCAGAUACACUCCACCUUCUCCUAUUAGCAGCAGCUCCACAGUGUAUCAGACCACACAAAGCAAUGUGAGGGAAAGUUGCAGCAGUGGUGGUCAGCUACAAAAUAGAGUUUUUGGGGAAGGAAGAGAAGGAGGUAUGAAGGGACUAACAUCCACUAAAUAUGAUCAAAACUUUGCUCUUACUUGUCGUAAUCCAUGGUUUGCAUUUUUCUUGGGGAUGAGUUUUGCUGCAAAUGGUUUUCUAGUGGCAUUACUUUACAUGCAAGCAGAUGUACAUUUUUUUUGGAGCAGUUGAGAUGACAUUAAAAUUAGACUAUUACUUUUCUUAUAUUUUGUAACUAUUUUCAUUAUGAUGGUGAUUAUUAUUACCAUGAUUAUUAUAACGUUUUUAACAUCACUACAAAUCAUUUACCUGUAAGCACAUGUACAAACUUAGGGGGCAGUUGAGGUGAAAGAUAUCAGUUUAUUCUUUUGUUAUAUAUUUACUAUUUUUAUUAUUAUUAUUAUUAUUAUUAUUAUUAUUAUUAUUAUUAUUAUUAUUAUUAUUAUUAUCAUUAUUAUUAUCAUUAUUAUUAUUAUUAUUAUUAUUAUUAUUAUUAUUAUUGUUAUUAUUAUAAUUAUUUAUUUUUAUUAUUAUUGUUAUUAUUAAUUAUAACUUCAAUUUUUUUUGUCAUUACAUAUUAUUUCACCAUUUUUAUAAUUUGGGGAAAGUGUCCUGAAGAGCUGUGAAAAUUCUAUAAUGUACAAAUAUUUGCAUGGACCUGAAGAGAAAGUAGAUGAUCUUGCAUUGCUCCCUGAUAUUUAAGAGAUUAAAAUUUCCUUAGGAUUUAAAAGAUUGAGCAUAUAUGUUAUUCAGACCAUUCCGGUAAGUGUAUGUGACCUCCAACUGUGAUACUCUUGUCAUGUUUUUGCAUUGAGUGGGACCAUACUAUUGUUACCUCUUUCAAGAAAUAUCAGGUCCUUUGUCUCUUCUGGUAUAUUUAUAUCAUCCAAAGAUCUGAUGGCCUGGUAUAAUUACAACAGAUGAUGAUGCUUUCUAAUAUUGAAUACAGUUGGGCUUUAAGUUGAUAAUUAUUUUCUUUCUUGAUUUUCUGUAGAAGGGUGUCAGUUGAAGCAUGUCAAGAAAUUCACAAGUUCGACUUGGUUUUAGGAUUUUAUUCCGUGUGACAUUGGAGUUUAUGUACAUUUUUAGGGAGUGAAUGUUUGAGAUGAGCAAUGUGUCGGGCUGGGGAAAAAAAAAAAAAAAAAUGCUUCAAGGAAUGUACACCCUCCUAGCAGUUGUCUAAGUUCUGUGUUUUGCUGUGAAAAACAUUUCAGGGUAAAAAGAGACAUGUCUGCAAAUGUCAUUACCUCUCCAUGACAGUGCAACUUGUUGUCCUUGUCUUUUAUCAGGCAUUGGCCUUUGUAUAUAGAUUGCAUUAGACUACAGCCAGGUUUUAAAGGCAUUAGAAUAUGGGUUAUAUUGUGCCAUACAGGAAAUGUUUAUCUACUACAGUCAUCACUGCCAGUCAAUGUAUUUUCAUAGUGGGUAUUACAGAGCAUAUUUCUCUGUAUGACCUCACAGUUUUUUUUAGUUUCUUUUUGGUUCUGGUUCAUUAUCAUGUCAUUCUAGUAUAUGGAGUUUCAUAAUUUAAGGGGAGCGUCCGCCACUUCUUUAAUUAUUAGCGUAUGAUCCUGAUUAUAUUCAUGUGAAAUGUAUGCUUAGGUUGAAGUAACAUAUGCUUACUUUCAGAUCUAUAAGUUGAUACAUAAUAGCAUGAAAAAAUAAAAUGUAACUUUUAAAAAAAAUCAACUUUCAAUUUCUCUCUCAUCUAUUGACCUACACUGCUGAAAAAAAUUACCAAAGAAACUUAAAGCAGAAUCCAAAAGAUUCAUAAUAGAAAUUUUUUCAAUUUUGUUGGUGUAUCUAAGAUAUUAAUUUUUUUCUGACAAUUAUUCCUUAAUUGAAAACUCAUAAUGAAAAACUUGCACUUCAGCUCCUCUUUACAAUGAUGCAUUGUUUAUUAAAAUCAGUCUAAUAACGGCAAAGUUAUUGCAGAAAAACUGAAACUAAUCCUGUUUUCUAAGAAGGAGAGUUAAAGUCUGUGGGGACUUAAACAGUUCGCCCUUUAAACGUAGAUGCCUUCCCGGUUGGUAUUCUUUACUAAAUUCCAGUUUUUUCUUUGUUUUGAAGGACUUUGUGUGUCUGAUGGUGUCCUUUUCUUGGAAAUCCUGGUCACGAGCUGACGUACGAAAAUUAUCUCAGGUUCCUCUGGGGUGACUGAUGUAUGUGUCAGCUCUUCUGCCUCCAAGGCCAUCACAGAUGCUAGUUUGCCUCAAGAUGCCAUAUGAAUAUUUUAGACCAUUUUCUAUGCUGAAACAUGACGAUGUAUGCACCUGUGUAUGGCUCUUUUUUUUUUCCCCCACAUGUCCCAGCCUACCGGCAUGUAGGCUUUCUUGAGGGGCCUGGAUGGUAGUCGGUCCCAGCUCGUCAUGGCACAGGAAAGUGUUUUAUAGUGACGUGAGUGACAAGCGGAAGAGGGGGAUUCAGCCAUAACUGUCAUUUUUCCUUAUCUCUUCACAAUAUUUUGCCACAAGCUAGCCGAGGCAUGUACGAAGACAUUAAUUUUUUCAAUUUUAUCGAUUUAAAAAAAAAAAAAAAAAAAAAAAAAAAACGGCAGAUGCUCUCCUUAACCCGUACAGUGUCUUCUUUUGUCCUAGAUAGGAACCCUAAAGUGUGAGUAAUGUAUAAGUACUUCUUUACAUCACAAAAAACUAAAAAUAAACAAAUUGUAAGUAAGUACAACAAAAUGGUUGGAUGCACAUCAGGCAACACCGCUCGCUUCAAGGCUGUGUGUACUACAACCGUAGCUUAUAAAGUUCAACAUUAUACUAUGAAGCUUC